UUGUGGAUGUAAACAAAUCAAACAUAAUUUUUACAUGUUUCUCCUCUUCGUGAUCCGUGUGUUGUUUGUUUCGGCAUAUUUUUUUUUCUCUCCGUAAAAAGCGUUUAUCGCACAAAUAAUGUCCGGUCAGAUUAGCACCAUACCUGUGAAUGAGUGGAUCAAGUGUUGUAAACAAUUUUCAAAAGAGUUUGACUCAUUGAUCGAAUCAACGGAAAAAACAUUGGACAAAAUUUUGAGUUGUGAUGAAUUGCUGAACGAUAUUCCAUACGACUACACGCAAGAAGAGAUUUUAUCUAAGAUAGCUGUUGCUAAAGGUCAGUCUAUCACCGUUUACAUCAAACGCGGAGAUUAUGCAAAAUUCAAGAUUGUGGUACCCGAAUCCAACACAACCGUAUCAACAUUAAAACAGGCCAUCAAGCGUAACUACGAACUCUCGCAGCAACGAUUAGCCAAACAAACAUUAAAGAAAUCUCGUAACGAUAAACGGGAUAAACAUCAUAGACAUAAACAUUCAUCAUCAUCCAGCCAAUGUGAAUUUUUCGAUUCAACCAAAAUUUCGUGGCGAUGGUUAUGGCGAACAUAUUUUUUAGAAUUUGAUGGUUGUAAACUUACAAACGAUAAACAGUUGCUGUCUGACUACGGUAUAGUGAAUAAAUCUGUGCUAAAAUUUGUGAAAAAGAACAAACGAAGGUGAGGAGGAGACAGAGAGAGAGAGAAGGAGGGGGACAGAGAGAGAAGAAAGAACGAAACGAAAUAAAUUAAUAAAAAAGAAAAGAAAAGAAAUGUGUGAAAUCUUGUGCCGGCGAUUGUGUUAACUGAAGUAGUUUAAUUGUUGGUACUUAUUGUAAUGAUAACAAAAGCGUGUGUUGUAAUUUAAAGCAGAAAGAAAACGUAAAUUACAAACAAAUCGUUGUAAGUGAAUUAAAAAAGAGAACCAGAAAUUGAAACGGUGCUACGUUCCAUAUAUUAAUUAAAACAACAAACAAUUCGACCAAUCGUAUACGAACCAAAAAAAAUGAAUUUUUAGUCAGUUCGAGGUCGUGCAUUGAGACGAUACACUGCUUUACAUUAUAUACACAUUUUGAUGUAGUGACUUUAAUCGAGAGGAAAAAAAUGGAUUGGAUCAACUCAUUCCAUUAUGGAUUCCAAUGACAUACAAUACCAAUCGACCAACCAACCGUUGACAUGGAAAUUUCUAUUCUAUUCAAAUUUACUCAUCGCCAUUCACCUAUCACUUUCGUGUGGAUGGAGUUUUGAAAGUAGCCAAAAUGUACACGUGAAUCGACAUGGUUUCGAGCUGAUCCAAGCGAAUAAUCUGCAGCGACAGGAAUUAAUGCAAUCGGUGUGCGAACAGUAUUUCGAACCGAACGACCAAUCGGUGGAUAAUGUUCCCAGUGAGAAAAUGGAUCAUUUGCUCAUUGACGAGAAGCACAAAUUUCUGUACUGCUAUGUGCCGAAGGUAGCCUGCACAAAUUGGAAGAGAAUGCUGAUGCUUAUGACAGGCCAAUCGAAUGAAACCGAUCCGCUGCAAAUACUAGCAUCACAAGCCCAUCAACCGGGACGAUUUUUGAAAUUCAACUCUCUAACAUCCGAACAGCAGCAAAUUGUUUUAACCGAAUACACCCGAUUCAUAAUUGCACGCCAUCCGUUCGAACGGUUGCUGUCGGCGUAUCGCAAUAAAUUGGAAGGUGAUAUGCCGAGUGCACGAUACUUCCAGACUCGCAUCGGUAAGCAAAUAAUAAAAUCGUUUCGACCGAAUGCAGCCACCGAAUCGUUGGUACGCGGUCAUGACGUUACAUUUUUGGAAUUCAUACAAUAUUUGCUGACACCGGAGCUUAGCAUGAACUACCAAACGAACAAUUCGUUCAACGAGCACUGGGAACCUGUACAUAAAUUAUGCCAUCCGUGUGCACUCAAAUACAAUGUGAUUGGCAAAUACGAAACACUCAUCGAUGACAGCGCAUUGGCAUUACAUUUGGCUGGCACCGACAAUCUUACUUUUCCUGCUAGUCAACGAACGUCGGGAACGAGCGAACGACUACAACAGUAUUUCGGUCAAAUACCGGUGAGCGUCACUCGAAGUUUAUACAAAUUGUACGAAGAUGAUUUUCGACUGUUCGGAUACAGUUUGGAGGACGUGCUGGGAUUCGAACUUGGUUGACUCGGUUGGCUUAGCUUAAUUUUUUUUAAAAUAAUUUUAUCGAAAAUUUACUCCAAAAUUUCAUGUGAUACACAACCUUGAAUCAUGUUCAACACUUUACUGUUACGAUGAAAAAAUGUUUUUUUUU